UGGUUCUCGGAGCUGCCGUCGCCGCAGCGCGUGGAGUUCCUGUGCGGCCUGCUGGACCUGUGCAUCCCGCUCGAGUUGCGCUUCCUAGGCUCCUGCCUCGAGGACCUGGCGCGCAAGGACUACCACUCGCUGCGCGACUCCGAGAUCAAGGCCAACAACCCCGCCGACCUGGGCAGCCUCACCAACCUGACCGACGAGGUGGUGCGCAGCAAGCUGCUGGUGUCGCUGGCGCUCCUGGGCUCGGAGCAGCGCGAGGCGGCUGGCGUGCUCUACCGCACGCUCACGCACAUCGACUCCAUCAUCCACAACUACGGGCUGCAGCUCAACGAGGGCCGUACGGGCGAUGAGUUCCUGCUGCUCUUCACCAUGGCCUCCAACCACCCGGCCUUCAGCUUUCACCAGAAGCAGGUGCUGCGCCAGGAGCUCACGCAGAUUCAGAGCAGCCUGAGCGGCGGCGGCGGCGGGGGGGGCCACGGGGCCGCCAACCAAGCUUUCACUCCGCGUUUGUAUCCCAAGCCUCCACCCUGUACCCUAUGCCCUCACUCCAAGCCCCUGCCACCACUUCCACCCGCAAAUCCUGCACCCCAAGACCGGCCGGGUACCUCGCGCCCUUGA